GCAUGCGUAAGCGAUGAAAGAGGCUCGAACUCACGAGGCGAGUCAGUACGUUGUCGACCGCGGUCGAGUGAAGACGUAUCGUGGCAAUAAUCUUGUUUUAGUCCAUUCUUUUUUCCACUUGUAUCAGUUUUAUACGCGAACGAUACUCACCUCGAUUACGCCUCGCUAUCGUGAUCGUGAUUUCUCCUUUUUCGUGCUUCCCAUCUAAAUUUUUCGACUGAUCCUAGUAGGGACACAACGAAAUUUAAACACUGGUUAUAACGAGUGCCAGUAAUGAGAAGUGAACAGCGAGAAGCGAAAAGCGAAAACGAUAAGAGACGGAUUUGAAAGAGAAGAUAGAAGAGCGCAAAACGAUCAAGGGAGAGAGGAAAAACGCGUGGUGUGCAACACUGCUGCCGGCAAAUCGUAAACCUGUCUGCUACACGUGUUCGUAGGAUCCAUCGCGCAAACAGUAGUGUACGAAUGGAAUAAUGCGCGUGUGGUAAUCAAGAAGAAAGAAAACUACCGUGCUCAAGACGCACCCAAGUGCGUAUUCGUGUCUGCAGUCAGUUCACUUAUCAGAAUGACCCAUCACGUGGUGGAAUCAGCCUCCGAAUUAUCGGCUUUGAUGAAAGUCGGUGCGGUUACUAGUUCGGAAAGGGAUGCCGGUUUCUGUAGCGGCGGUGACGAGGACGACAUGUCUGACCUACACUCUCCAAGCGCCUCGGAAGACAGUUUAGAGGUGCAAGUAACGCCGAUCUCGUUGAAAAACAAAAGAAAGCUGGCUGACGAACCAAACUCGGCCCCAUUGAAAAAGCGGAUGUUUCAGCAAAUCGAGGAAGAAACAUUACCAGAUGAAGAAUCAUCGGCUAGAAUGCUUCGAUCACCGAGUCCGUUUAGACCAUGGAGCUAUACCAACAAAAGCAUCGAUUCGAAGCUUUCUUUGCCGAUUACAACUGGAGAAAGAACUAUGGUUAAUCAUUCCUGUGUUUUUACUUUAUUAUCAAACACACCGUCACCUACGAUAUCCGUUACUUCGAAUCGUAUCAAUCAUCAUCGCGAUCAUCAUUGUCAUCGACGUCACCGGCACCAUCAUUCCCACCAUCGCCACUAUCAUUAUCAACAUUAUUGUCAAAAAACCGACUAUGUCGAUGAUGACGAUAACGAUGGUGAUGGUGAUGGUGAUGGUGAUAGUGAUGGUGAUGAUGAUGGUGAUGAUGGUGAUGGAACUAGCUUUCGAAAGCAGUACAAUUCGCAAAGUCGAGAGAGUUUACCCGAUAGAUUAGGACAAUCGACGCAAACAUAUGCUGUUCAAAUCGAGAAACGAGACUUCUCUCGUCAAAAACUUGAUAAUACGAUCAUCUCGUGUGCAACUUCUACGAUUAUGUCAAAAACAACAUUGUCACCGACUACGAUACUAUCUUCCAUUACACAUCCUAGAUUACAAGAAGAACCAUUGUCGCUUGUCUUGAGGGGCGAUGUGACCGCCAGAGUACCUUCGCAUCCAGCAGUAAACGGUAGUUACGAGAAAACCUGUUCUUAUUCUAUAGAACGCGCAAAUGUUUCGACCACCUCACCAUUGUCAUCGUCUCUGUCCUUGUCGUCUUCCUCUUCAUCUUCGUCCUCGUCUUUGUCUUUAUCCUCGUCCUCGUCUUCUUCUUCGUCGACGUCUCUGUCUUCGUCGUCGUCUUCGUCUUCGUCGUCGUCUUCGUCUUCGUCUUCUUCGUCGUCGUCGUCGUCGUCGUCUUCUUCUUCUUCUUCGUCCCACUGUCAACAAGAUCAUCGAUCCUGCUCUAAUGGCGGUAAUUCUUGCUCGAUGGCUGGGACAACGGCUUCGAUGAUAACAACAAUGGCAACUACAACGACAACGAUGGUGACGAAUGUACAGAAUGGGCAGGCAAGGCAGCAUCCAGUAACAGGUCAGCAGAGAAACUAUAAAAAUAUGACGCGUGAAAGGAGAAUAGAAGCAAAUGCCAGAGAACGAACGAGAGUGCACACUAUAAGCGCCGCAUUCGAUACGUUAAGACGUGCCAUUCCGACGAAAUUAUCCGUGUUAAGAAUUGCGUGUAGCUAUAUCAUGACCCUCGGUAAAAUUGUCGAUACAUCGGAAGGCGAAUCAAGUAACGAUGCUUCGUUAGGAGCCUGUGUGGAUCUCGUAUCCAGGACUAUCCAAACAGAGGGCAAACUUAGAAAGAGAAAAGAAGACUGAACCGCAUACCUGGUUUUAAUCCUGAAAAGGAUAUGCGAGCCGACACGAUCCAAUCGGCGUCAUCUAAUCCCCACCGAUCAUCGAAAACCGAAAUGAUAGUUCAACUAAACGACGUUUGCCGGAUAAAUUUAAUCUUGAGCUUUAUCGAUAGAAUUCUUCUUUCAUCGUUCCUUUGCCAAUUUUUUUUUAUGCCAAUUAGUAGAUACACCUUGUAUAUCCGUAUCGAAAAGCUUUUCAAGCCUUUCGCUUGUUCAUCUGGUUCGUGAAUUAUACAUUGCUGACUGAUAAAUAACGACGGCGAUGGCGACGGCGAUAGUGACGACGAGGAUGACGAUGAUAGUAGUAGUAAUAGUAAUAACAAUAAAAAUAAUAAUAUUAACAACAACGACAAGAAUAAUAGUAAUUUUAAUGAUAAUAAAAUGUAACAUGAAAUAUUCGACAAGCGGAAGUGUACGAUUUUGAAUGAUAAAUCGAGUAAAACGUCUAAAGGAGGAACAGAAGUUGAUUUCGCAGCAUCGUAAAAUUAUGUUUCCGUGUUACUUCAUCGGGACACGACUGUUGUUGUACACGUGUACUCGCGUGCGUAUAACAUACCGAUCGAACGAAAGAUAUUCGCAAGAGCACAAGCAAUGCGUACAUUUCGAUGAAACGCGCAACUGUAUCAUUUUACAUUGUAAAACUACUACGACGAGCCGGUACACGCUCGCAUUUACUUCUAUCAAGAUUCAAAUAAAUAAAACGAGAAACAAACGCAAACAGGUUUCUGAUCUUUUAUCGAUAUCGCGUUCUCAACGAACAACGAUGAGUCGACGAAAUUCGUUCUGUCUUCUUACAUAGUUGUAUCCUUGUGACACGCAUUUUCCCUAUAUGUACUUUCCAACGAUGGCAACCAGUCCAA